UCUCGCUCUACGCUCUUACCCUGCCUACUCCCGUCUCCACUGUUCAUCAUUUCGUUUUCUUUCGCACCGGAAUUCGUCUCGUCUGUCCUAGGGGAGACGGUGGGAAACCCGUUUUUCUCACUGCCACCCCUUUCCAGUUUUUUCCUCUUUCUGUCCAGAAAAUGCCCCAGGGCAGCCGCGCCACUGUCGAGGGGACCGCGGAUCGCUUUCUGCUUUAGUAUCUCUGCAUUUUUUUGCGGUCUCUGUACUCUUUUUUCACCUCGAAAAAGGACCGCUUGCGAUUCCGCAGUCUACAGGUCACUCACCUUGAGUGCGGCAAACCCACAGCCCGUGGGGGAUGUAGACCAGUCUUGUCUCCUCGCAAUUUUCUCCAGAUCCGGCCGUGCGCUGCAGCAACCGCCAACUACAAAGCUUCGACUCACAUCAGACUCGCAACGGAAGUGAACUGUUCAGGGAUCAAAGACCUGCCUUUCGCGUGUCUGCCCUUCACACGUCCUUCGUGACCGUUCGUUUGUUUCGCCCCUGGGUCGCCGAGGAUUGGGUAGCGUUUCACAACCGGCGAAAGAGAUCGUUCGCCCCGUCACUUGUUAUUUUACUCCGCCGCCCCUAGUUUCGGCGUCUUCUGUUGGUCCGGUUUUACAAGAAACCAAGGCGUUUGGGACCGGCGGCUGUCGAGGCGGCGGGCACUUUCUGUAGAACUUCCUAUGUUUCGACCUUUGUGCCACAAGAGCACGAGAUGUGUGCACUUACCUGGAACUCGACGAAACCGUAGGAGCCCCAAUCUUCGCGUCUGUCUCUGCCCGGUUUGGAUCAGAGAGCCCCCUUAGAAGCUGGUUUCCGAUCAAACAGCGUGAUGGCCAACGACCCUUGUCGAGAUCUCAAAGUCUUACUGUUUUUUUCUCCAUAGGCUUUGUUGUGCUCUCCUCUUUGCGGUGCAUUGUUUUCCAGAAGUAGAAACGCUUUCUUCUGUCGUCAAACGCGCGGGUUCCCUCUUGUCUGCUUCUUGUUCCUCCUCCCCCAAAGCUUUAAAGUGUCUCGAGUGGACUUGUUUCUGGCGUCCGCUCUUGCCUUUUAUCUGCUGUCUCUCGAGCGUUUCCUCACAUCUCUCCGCUAUUCGCCGCCUUUUCUCGCUUCCGUCGAGCGGCAGCUCUACCUUUGGAUACACGCAGCGCAAGAACUUAAAGGUUGUCUGCAGUUGGUGGCCCGUCGUUCUGGCUGUAUGGAUCCAACCAAGAUGCCAGUUCUGCGCGACCUGGGGACUGCGCCCGGCAAAGACGGCAUCUUGCUCGUAGAGAACGCGGUGGGGUCUCAGGAUCAUCAGGCGGGACGCGGCGACGACAGCAACACGACGCGAGCCUCAUACGCCUCAGCGUCUCUGCCUGCGAGGGAACUGUCGACGACGGCGUCUGGGGCGACUACGUCGUCCCUGAAGGCGGACAUAAUGCCCAGUCGCAAAGACGGAGGCGGUUCUCCGCGGGGAGCUGUGGACGCGAUGGAUGCAGAAGACGAUACGCGUUCGAAUGGCUCCGAUAUCCCUUGCCCUCUGUCCGGGGACGGAGAGAAGCCCGAGAGGCAUGACGCGAAGGGCAGCGACGGCGACGGUCGAGACGGGAAGCAAGACCAACGUGGAGCACAGAGCACCCAGGCGGCUGCUGGUGCGUCGCCUUCGGGCGCGUCGGGGAAGCCCGGCCAGGCGGCGGUGACGGGCGAGAAGAGGAAGAAGAAACGCGGAAACAGUAGUCGAGCAGCGGCUCCGGGCGCGGAAGCGAUGGAUGCCUCCCCUCUGUCGGCCAAUGGGUCGGGCUCCAAGGGAGGCAAGGUAGGAGACAAGAGCCCUGCGUCGCCUAGGCAGGCCGGCCAGGCUCGGAGCAUGGGGAGACGCCAGGCAGGCGCCAGCGGCUCGCCUGCGUACCUCAAUGGUCAAAAAAACCGAGUCGCUCUUCCACACCCGCCUUCGCCUCCGUCACCUGGAGGCGUACACGUUCCGCCACCUCCACCCCUGCCCCUCGCCUACGAGAUGCACCUGCACGUUCCCCAGCUGUCUUACCAGCCGAUCCCACCGCCGAGCCCAGCGCCGGUUGUGCCGCCGGAGCCGAGUGAGUUGCCUGCCGCGCUGGAGGCGCUCUUCACUCAGGAAAAUCUUCAGCGAGACCGGUUUUUGGCCACGAAGAUCAAGCCUGGUGACCUCCUUCUCGAUGUGGCCGUUCUUCUCGCGCAUCCGACCGUCGCCGCGUGGAACUUCUCGUCUGAGGACAUCGACGCUGCCCUGGAGCGUUCGCAGCUCACGCUGUCGGAGCGGACGGUCGAGAUAGCAAAGAUCGAAGAGGAGGCGAAGGAGGAAGGUGAGGGAAAGGCGAAGGAAGGAAACGCAGAGGGACAAGCUGAGAAAAAGGCCACUGUCAAGUGCAUUGCCCUCGGAAACCUUCUCGCAGAAACCCGGAACACACUCGUCUUCAGAGACGUCCCAGAGAACCUAAGUGAGGAGACACUCCGCACAUUGAUUGAAAGCGCCCCGCUGUUCCAGAAGAAUACGGAAGAACGCGUCAAGGAGGCGAAGAAGGAGGCGAAGAAAGAAGACAAGGAAAACGCCACGCCGAAACCGGAAGAAACCAAAGCUGUGGGGCCAGUCCGCAGUAUUCGCAGAGAGGUCAACAACACGUGGUUUGUUGUCGUCGAAGACGAAAACGUUGCUCAGGAACUGGCGCUGUGGCUGCGAACUCAACAGAUCGAUGACAAGCCGAUUCGAGUUGGAAUCAAGGCGACUCAUUCCCUGCAGCGUAUCGUUUCGUCGUCUCAGCAGUACACGACGUCUGCUCUGGGGUCCGUUCCCGCUGGCUUCGUUCCGGGCCAGGUGCCGCUAUCUGGCGUCGCGAUGGGGCGAUACGGCGCACAUCCCUUGUCAGGGUAUCCUCACAAGAGGUCCGGAGCGUCUGCCGGUUCCCUUCCGUUGCAAUCUGGGCGUUUUGUGCCUCAGUAUCCGCCGUGCACGCUGCCUUACAACGCCACCGUUUUUGCCUCGCCUGCUCCGCCAUAUGGUCGGAACCAGGUCGUGGCGAUGAGUCCGGGAAACUACGCAGCCUCCGGAGUGGCAACCUCUCGGCCAGCUGGGUAUGACGGGUCUACGCGCUCUCCUGCUCUGCGUCCGUUUGCUGCGCUGGGUCAAACGGGCAAGCGGGAGAAGGGCGCGAGUGGCAAGGGCGGGAAAGGAGCCUCUGCUGGUGCGACACCUCAGGCUGGGGCUCGUGGCGAAGGGAAGUCUUCGUCUCGGAACUCAGCCCACCCGUCUUCCUCUCACUCUUUGAGGGGCACAGCCCCGUACAUGGCAUCUGGGCCGUGGAUACCCUUCGACCUCUCAUGGAGCUCCGCCGGGGCUCCUGUCCCUCCUCCAGGAUGGCAGCCGGGGAGUGUCCUCGCCGGCGAAGUGCCACAGGGUGCGGCGAGUGCGCAGCCCGUGGUAGCCAACGGGAAGGAGGCAGGCUCUGAAAGAGCCGCAUCGCCUGCCGACACCACGCCGUCGUCGGUAGCGGGUGAGACAGCGUGUUCGAGCCCGCCUCCGUCGUCUAUGAGAAACGAUCGCGAAGGUGCAGACAGGGAAGAGAAGGGCGAGACUUCCGCGUGUGCCGAUAGCGACCAGGCUAGAGCCCAGUCUUCCGGAGACGAAAAGGCUUCCGACAAACCCAGUGACGCGGCAGCCUAUCCGCCUGUGAGCCCGUCUGGAAGUCAAACAGCCCCUUGCUCCUGGGUCCCCGGACAACCUUGCUACUACGACCCCGUCAUGCUCUCCUACAACGGAGGCUACCUCCCGGCCUACGACGCGAACGCAGCAGCCACCGCCGCGUAUGGCUGCUGGGCGCAGGGCGGCCCCCUCGCGGGCACGAUCGCCGUGGCCCCCAGCGGCGGGGACAGCCCGACCGGACUUCCAGGGACGGGGCGGGGAGGCGGCAAUGCGGGUCGCUCUCGCAGCUCUGGAUCAGGAGCGGGUGGAGGCGGCGCCUCUGCGGCUGCCAGGAAACCCUCGACCACUCAGUAUACCGCGCAGCAAUCGAACAAUUGGACGCAGCAGACUCAGGCAGCUGCCAAUUCAGGUGGAUGGAAGUUGGUCACUGGCCGCCGAGGCAAGGCAAUCAAGGACGAAGAUUGGAACGCGGGACCGCGUUCUUCUGCCGGGGACGACCAUGAAGGACAUGGCGGAUCCUCGUCAUCCUCGCGGUCCCAUCACCAUGGAAACAACUGGAGUUCAUUGGAACAGGGAUCGGGUGCCUCUUGCCGUAAAUCCAGAGGAGUGGGGUCAGCCAUGUCAUCACCGCGUACGUCAGGGGCGCCGUUCCUUGGAGGCGGUGAUUUCCCUUCACUCAGUGCCGCAGCGAAUGCGCGACCUACGAAACCGUGCGGCUACAAGAAAGCUUUUAGGAAUUUCACGGCUGCCGAGGUGGUCGACAUCUGCAGCAACUACGAGGCGACAUGUCCUAAUGGCAUCGAGAUUCCACAAGACAUCCGGGAUCUCCCGCAAACUGGGUGCUUCUUGGCGCUUGAUACACCCAGACAGGGUGCCGCGUGCUGGACAGCCUUCACAGCUCGUCAGCGUCAAAAGGAUGCCCCUUCGUCUUUGCCGGACUCCUCUGGCAACGCAGGAGGCUCGAAAAACGGAGGAAAGGCAAAUAAGAAAAAUGCGAAGCAGAACACAGGCUUGGCAAGCAAGACCGAAGAAGGCCAUGCGGCUGACGGGAAAAAGGGAGAGGCUUCAAAGUCGCCACCUAAAGGCGAUUCCACGGAACCGGUGGCGGAUCCUGCAGCGAAGGAGAAGAAUGGAGCGAACUCGUCGUCUGAAGCCAGCGUUCAAGGUCAAGACGUCUUUUGCCUUUUGCGGACUCGCCAGAAUGAAGCGGAACGUGGACAAGAGAAGUCGCUGAAUGGUGUCAAAGGGUCAGAGACAGCCUAGAAUACGGCUGCCUGUAUUACUGUGAAGGGGAGGUGGAGCCUGUCGCGGCGUGCAACGACACACACUUGAUGGUGACGAUAGGCCGGAAACUUGGAAUUUGACAUGCUUUUGGCGUCUCGCGGUAUCGCAAAUCACUCCUUAUCAACGGCUCGGCGAAGGUGAUGCGUUGGUCUUGGACUUUUCAGGAUACAAGCAACUGCUUUGUGUGUCCAAGAGCUUUUUUGAGCGAGACCGGGGUUGUCCUCCACAAAAACGGGACAGAAUGGCGUGAAAACGACUCUUUCUGGCGCUACCAUGUUUGUGGAUGCUUCUUAUUUAGAAAUCAUCUGUUCCAUUUUUUCGCUGAACAAAUCAGCUCUCACACAUUCCUCGUGUUUGCGCAAACUGUGGGAGAGGUGAGUUGUUCUCUGGCGAAGAUGUUGAAAUUCUUGCGUGUCGUCGUGAUCACCUUUUGCGCGAAGUCCACUGUUAGUCGGGGUUUGACCAAAGCGCAUUUUCACUGGGAGAAGUGAGGGGGGUUUGGUUGGUUUUUCCGGUAGCUGUAGAAGUGAAGGCAGAAUUGUGAAUCAACGUGUGCGUGCUGAUUCAACGGGACUACGCUGGGUCGCCUAAAAAGGAAGCAACAGUUUUUUUUUGUUUCGUAUUUCUGUUAGGGUUUCGUCAAGGUGAUGUGGUUCAGUGGAGGACAAACGCCACUCAUCCCGUGGAGAAUCGGACGAAUUGCUUGUCUGUAUUGCCUCAUUUGUAGAUGUGAUCUAGCCGCUUCAGAACGAAACGGAAAAUGCAUGGAGGCUCAGAAAGCGAGUCGCGUAGGCCACUCUGUCGCAGACAAGUGUGUUUCUUGACCAGAUAUGGGAAGUGUGGAGACGGUAUAUCGUGUCAGGCGGUUAAGGACGAUGGAGGAAAGAGGACAAAGAACAAGCUAGUCGACUGGAUGGACUGUAGGAGGCAGAUAGCGUUUCCCUUUUAUCAAUGAACAACUUGACACUAGCAGUGUUUUGAGAGACGAGGCGCGUCCGAUGACAGCAGGCACGCGUUCAAGACAUAUGCGGCUGUGUCUCUGGAAUAUCGGGAAAGAUUCGCGAACAAGCGAAACCGUGGAAGAUCUCAAACGGCACCAAGAGUGCCUUGUGUUUUGUGCGGUUUCGCCAGUAUCGCCAAUAUGCAUUUCCUUACAAGUUGGGAAACCGCAGCAGGCUAGUGGAGAAAGGCGCUUGUAUACAGCAGAAAACCGAAGAAGAGGUUUUUAUGAGUUACCGUGUGUGCUGGUUCGUGUUAAGGUGCGUGCACGUAUAUAUCCAACUCUAGGAAAGCUCUAUUUUCGCAGUUGCGGUGUGGAAACAUACACGUACAAAUGUGCAUGUGCGACGUGUAUGGUUGUUGUCUCUACAGGAAAGACCCGUACAGUAAAUACGUUCCUGUGCAUUAUAUGUGUAUAACUGUAGAUAGUGGUGGUUUGCGAAUGGAAGAGAGAAGUUUUGUUCCGUGAGCAUUUUCCAAGGCAGUGGUUGUCGGACCCGAAAAGAAACACCGUUUUUUGAGAGUAGAAAUGUGUUGGUAAGAAGCUUCGCUGGGAGCAGCGGACGAGAAGUGGGCAAGCUGGAAAGUGGUUCUCUCCUCCAUGUCAGAGCAGAGACGAGCGCGUUGUGCUUCUCACGAUGGGGCUGAACUGCCGAGAGACAUAUGACUCCAUAGUGAAGGAUUGGCGAUCUAUGAACACCGUAUUUUGGAUGGACCAUGUGUGGAAAUCAUGCGCUAGAGAGCCAUUUCGUCACAAGAAAGUCAGAAAAAAUGUGUGGUGUCUCCGUUGUAGUAAAGAGUAACUUACAGGGACAUAUGUACAGUAACGACGGGCGUUGCAUUGUUGCCGUUCGCAAGGAAAGUUCAAUAUACCUCAUAUCGGGCGGUGUUUCCCCUGUGUAGCAUUCGAGGAACAAAGCGGUGAAAAAGACCGAGAGAAGUCCUGUUUUGAAAGAUCGAAAGGGUCAGCUAAUAAAGAGGGCAACUGGUGUAGUGGACUCGGGCCAUCGCGACAGGGCCGCAGCAAAAGUAGAUGAAGCCAUUCAAUGUAGAAGUUUACGUCUUUUUCGGAAAAGAGUUUCGCCCAAAAACACGAAUUGCUAAAACGCCACGAAAAAAGGGAUCGUGUACAACAGGAAAAUAUCGUGAGAAAGGGGACGAAAGCCAAACCGUCAAGAACUACUUUUUCUAGAGUGUUGACACUCGCUUGGUAAUUUCUCCGCCGGAUUUGCGUCGACGGCUUUGUCGCUUUGCUUCCUCUCUUGAAUACACCACUACAUGUUUGUCCUCUGUACUUUCUUACUGGUUGGCAACGGCUUGCCUCUCCCCUGGAAACUGUGCAUAAAGAAUCUCUCACCUUUAUAUAAAAAUGCAUGCUCUCGUGCGUGGAGUGUCUAUUCGCCUGUGCCGCAAAUGACUCCACUGGAGAUAGAAACUUUUGAAUGCGUCUACAAGUCUGUACAUGCGUAGACCAUGCUGGAGGAGAGAGUGAGAGGGGAUAGACAUGCACGAUUCCACAAAAGACCUGUUCGUCACCGAAAGCCAAACAUUCACGGAUGCAAAUGUGCAACCGCAUCAAAGCAACACGUACAAAAUGCGUGGAUAUAUACAUAUAUAUAACUACGCUAAACCAAUAUUUCAUAUCAUCUGCAGUUGCGUUACAUUCUACCUUUCGUGCCACGCUUGUCGCUUUUUCUCGUAUUUGGUAUGUCUAGCUUGGCGACGCCCGCAAAUUACACUUCUCCUUGCAAGAGGCAGCCCACGUGACCAGAGUAGAACUUCUGCGCUAUCGACAGAGAUGUUCCUCGACAUUUAGGACAUAUAUCAACCCAGGAACCCGGUUUGCUCACCGGCAAGGCAAGGAGAAAACCUUCAUUUGAGUGACGACCGGUGUCUCUUUAACAGUAUUAAUGUUUGCACGGAAGCUGUAGCCAUAAACAAUGUUGAUUUAGUGUAAGCACAGAGCCGAUCCGGUAGUAAGGUAGCCGACAUGCAGGUGCUGAUGCAAUCCAUGAUAAAAACGACCACUUUCAUCUGAUGCGUUUUCUCCAUCUUACCGUAAGACCGUUAUAAAAUCUACAGACGGGAUGCGAUAUGGAUCAUUAUCCACACUGCCUAGACAAAAUGUAGAUGUAAAAUUGUGAAUGGCCACAAAAAUAUCUUAGAUGAUGUACCCUUGCACUUACAUAAAGUUAUACAGUUCACUGGUAAGUGUCUGACUGAAAGAUCUAUGCAAAUUCUGAUUACAGAAUCCCAAGAUAGCACCGACACCCAGAUACUCCCCCGCCUGCUAAUUACACUUCGGUUCGUGAAUUACUGAUGAAUCUCAAAAGGUAAACCUAGAUUAAU